UUUUUUAAGUUAAUAUAAAAAAUUAUAACUACUCCAGUUAUAAAUUAAACAGUGCGUAAUUAAUAUUGCCCAUUAUGGGAUCACAUUAAGACAUUAAAAUACAUAUUGAAACUAGAAAAUAUGACUUUCUCCAAUGCCAACGCAUUUUGGGAGGACAGUUUGCUGACCCCGAAGAAGAAACCAGUGCAGAGUCACCGCUGCUGCUGCUGCUGCUGCCUACCUACUACACCACUCAAUCUGACCGAGUUGAGUGGAGUUGUAUGCAAUCCAAUUCUUUUACCUGAUUCUUACCUGAAUCAGAACAUUUAUAAUUGACGACAUAUUAUUAUUAUUUAUGCAUUUUAAUGCAUGGAAAACGCAACUGAGAAACUGGACAAGGACAAAGACGUGGAGUGCCAUAUUUAAUAUCGUGAGACGACGACGGGUUGGAGGAGAACCUAUUUGGCAGUGCUAAUCUUACCAUGCCAUGUGGUUGAAGCGGUUCGAGUUUCGCUAAUGGCAAAAUUAUACAUGUGCAUUUUCAGUGAUUCGAUAUUUCUAGUAUUGUUGUACAUAAAUAUGUACUCAAUUUUCCAUGAUUAGAAAAAUUGGUUGAAGUUUGUUACUAUUGCCACUUCUCAUUAGUGUAGUGUGCUACUAUCACUUACCACAUUAUAAUCACUGGACUCGACGUACUCAUUCAUGAAUAAAUGGAUUUCCAAGUGGUGGAAAAGCUAUAAAUACAGAUUUGUUCCAUGGAUUGCGUUAAAUGUGAAACGCCACGAGUCUUCGCCACUUGCAGCCCCUCUUGUACAGUCGUCAGCACAGAAAGAUGAGAAUGCUGCUGAGAAUAGUGUAAAAUGGGCCAAAGAUAAACCAGUACAAAAUGUUCCUGUCCAUCAUUUACGUAAAUCUGAAGAGAAACUAAUCACUGAUGACCAAUUGACCAGGAUUCUCAUAGACUACUUUGCCAAGUGCUUGCCACAAAAUGAUUGGAAUGAAGAAAUGGAUUUUUCGAAGAUGUCAGCCCAUAACAAAAAUGUGAUGAAAGAUCAUUUUGGUUUUAUCGUUGAGAGGAAGAAGAGUCAAGUUUCUGCAGAUGCGGGGACAGGGGUUUUCGUUUCGGAUGGUGUGGCCAAAGCUGGUUCGAUUGUUGCCUUGUAUUGUGGGACUCUUUACAUGCCUUCCGAACCCCUAUUCUUCCCCUCACUUGGAAACAAAUACAUUUUCCGCUGCUCUGACGGAAUACACAUAGACGGAAAUGAUAAGUGGAUAUCAAAGUCAAUCUACAAAUCGUGCUCAGCUCGGGAUCGAUUCGACUGGGACACUCCAGCCUGUGAUACCUCAUGGUUAACACCAACACCCAUAAAUCCUCUCAACAUUGGUCAGUUCGUCAACAAUCGGUCUCAUUCCCAAUUAAAUAACGUGAUAUAUCAAGAGUGUAGUCUGACCUGGGACAUUUCCUCCUCUGCGAUCCGGUUAAGCAACGUGUCAUUGAGGUCCGGAGAGGUGGGCGAUGAUAAGUUCAUUUUCGGAGGGGCACAUUCGGCGAGCACUUUUAACUCUCGAUGCACACGACUGCUGUUUCCUUCCCACCUGGCAGGAUUUCUUCCAAAUGUCUGGCUCGACCCCACCCACUCUCGUGAAUGGCGAGGCAUACGGCUUGUGCCCCUUGUCGCCCUUCGGGACAUUGGACCUGGCGAAGAAGUUCUAUCUUCGUAUUUCACUGUUGUUCACCCAGACAGUGCACCUCUAACUGCAAAGAAAAAUACGAGACAAAUAACUUAAAAUCUGGAUAAAAAGAUAGUUGUGUUUUAGCUGAGAUAAAAAAAGAAUAAAGAAACGAUUAUUACUUUGAAUAA